UCCAAUCAGGAGCGCCGGCGGGAGGCGGGUCCGCUCCGAACCGCGGGAUCGUCCAUUCAGGCUCCGCCAUCUUUGGGACCCGGUGGGCUCCCGAGGUUGCGCUUCCUGUUUGGCCUUGUGACCUCCGCUGACUCCGGGAGCCGCCAGGCGGACACCGGGACACACCAGAAGCAGGGAGAUGAAUCUUGUUUCUAUAAAAUAGCAAUGGAGCUGGGCGUGUUGGUGCAUACUGCAACCCAAGCCACUCAGGAGACUGAAGCCAGAAGAUCACAAGUUCCAGGACAGUCUCAAUUAAAAAAAAAAAAAGGCUGGAGAUAUAGAGCUGAGUGGUAGCAUGCCUUGGGUACUGCAAACAUAAAACAAAACAGUGAGCUGGGCGUAGGGGCACACCUGUAAUCCCAGCAGCUCAGGACACUUAAGUGUCCACUGAGCCACAUCCCCAGCCCUUUUUGUUUUUUAUUUAGAGUCAGGGUCUCGCUGAGUUGCUUAGGGCCUUGCUAAAUUGCUGAGUCUGGCUUUGAACUCAUGAUCCACCUACCUCAGCCUCCUGAGCCCCUGGGAUUACAGGCUGGCAUGAAUACAAUGUUAUUUACUAUGACUAUGAGUUGGUGACCUUUGAGGAUGUGGCUGUGAACUUCACCCAGGACGAGUGGGCUUUGCUGGAUCAUUCCCAGAAGAAACUCUACAGAGAAGUGAUGCUGGAAACCUUCAGGAGCCUGGCUUUUCUAAGAAAAGGAAGAGACAACCAGACCAAGGAAGAUGUGUACAAAAAUCUAAACAGAAAUCUAAGAAGUCAAGUGUUAAAGAGACUUAGUGAAUGUAAAGAAAGUAGUGAAUAUGAAGAAAUAUUGAGCCAAACUCCAGAUUGUAUUGAGAAAAAUGUAGCUUUUUCUAGAGUAAAACCAAGUGAAAUCUGUGAAUAUGGAGAAGUCCUCACUGGUGAUUCAUCACAAAAUGUGCCCCUCAGAUCUCGCACUGGACACAAACCAUGUGAGUAUCAGGAGCAUGGAGAGAAACAGUACAAAUGUGAGAAACAUGGCAAAGCCAUCCGUUAUCACCAGAGCUUUCAAAAGCUUGGGAAGUCCCACACCAUAGUGGAACACCAUGUAUACAAGCAACGUGGGAUGGUCUUAACUCGUUCUAGUUCCCCUCAAAUACGUGAAAACAUCCAGAAUGGAGAGAAAGAAGAUGUAUGUAGGCAGUGUGGGAAAUCUUUCACUGAUCACAGUAACCUUCACUGCCAUGAAAGGAUUCAGGGUGGCAAAAAACCCUGUGGAUGCAAGCAAUGUGUGAAAGACGUCAGUUUCAGGAGCUUUGGAAGACAUGAGCAAAUUCACAGUGGAAAGAAACCUUAUGUAUGUAAGCAAUGUGAAAAAGCCUUCUUUACUUUGAGAUACUUGCGAAGACAUGAACAAAUUCACAGUGGACAAAAACCUAAUGUGUGUAAACAGUGUGGGAAAGCCUUUCGUUUUCCCUACUGCCUGAGAAUACAUGGAAGAAUACACACAGGGGAGAAACCCUAUAGAUGUGAGCAAUGUGGAAAAGCAUUCAUUCGUUUCUAUUCCCUUAAAUUACAUGAAAGAAGUCACACUGGAAAGAAGCCCUAUGUGUGUAAACAGUGUGAGAAAACCUUUACUAUUUACCGUUCCUUUAAAAAUCAUGAAAGACGUCACACUAGAGAGAAACUCUCUACAGACAAGGAGUAUGGAAAACCCUUUAGCUCUUUGAGUUGCACUGAAAUACAUGAAGGAGCAUACAAUGGAGACAAACCAUAUGUGUGUAAGGAAUGUGGAAAAGAAUUUAGUCAAUCCAAUCAUAUUCUUACACAUCAAAGAACUCACACUGGAGAGAAGCCAUAUGUAUGUAAGGACUGUGGGAAAUCCUUCAAUGACUCUAGUUCCUGUCGCAGACAUAAAAGAACACACACUGGAGAGAAACCAUAUGUAUGUAAGGAUUGUGGGAAAGCCUUCAGUGACCCUAGUUCCUGUCGCAGACAUAAGAGAACGCAUAGUGGAGAGAAACCCUAUGUCUGUAAGGAUUGUGGGAAAGCCUUUGCUACCUCUAGUUCCUGUCACAGACAUAAAAGGACUCAUACUGGAGAGAAACCAUACGGAUGUGAACAGUGUGGAAAAGCAUUCAGGACUUUCAGUUACCUUAAAAUUCAUAAAAGAAUUCACACUGGAUAGAAACACUGUAUGAACAGUGGAAAAGCAUGCAGUUGUAUCCUUCUUUUUAUACCCAGGGAUGCUUUACUGCUGAGCUACAUCCACUGCCAUUUUUAUUUUUUAUUUUGAGAUAACAUGUCACUAAAUUGUUUAGGGACUUGCUAAAUUGGUGAGGCAGGGCUUGAACUUGUGAUCCUUCUGCCUCAGCCUCCUGAAUCACUGGGAUUACAGGUGUUUAUCACCAUGCCCAGCUGCUUGUGGUUUUCCUAUGUUUCAACUGCUAAGUGACAUUUUGACUUAUUUUCUAAUUUGGAUUCCCCUUAUCUUUGUCUUGCCUCAUGACUCUGACUAGGACUUCCUGCGGUAGUGAAACUGGGCAUCCUUGACCUAUUUCACAGCUUAGAAAGUUUUCAGCUUUUCACCACUCAAUAUAAUAUUAGCUAUCAGCUUAUUAUAAGUGGAAUUUAUUAUGUUGAGGUGUUGUUGUAAAUGGUAUUUAUUAUGUUGAGAUUUGUUACUUUCUGCCUUAUUUGUUCAGCAUUUGUAUGAUGAAGGGAUGUAUAGUUGGAAUCCAUGUGCUAAUAUUUUGUGGAGGAUUUUUGCAUCUAUGUUUUUAAAGGAUACCAACCUAUAGAUUUUCUGUUUUUUGUUUUGUUUUCUUAAUUGUGUCCUUCUCUUGUUUAGGUGUCAGUAUAAAGAUGGCCUCACAAACUGUCUUUGGAAGAAUUCUACUAUUUUAUUUUUUUGGAAUAACUUAAGGAAACUUAGUAAUAGUCCCUUGCAUGUCUGGUGGAGUUCAGCAGUGCAGCCCUCUGGUCCUAGAUGUUCUUCGAUUGCAGGCUUUUUAUUACUGAUUCAAUUUUGUUUUUGUUUUUGUUUUCUCACUACUGGGGAUUGAACUCAGGGCCUUGCUCAUAUUAGGCAGAUGUAUUACCACUGAUCUAUAUCCCCAUCCCCAUUCUUUCAGGUUUCCUGGUUCUUCAUGAUUCAUUCUGGGCAAGGUGUUGUGUCUUAAGAAUUUGUCCAUGUCUUCUCAUUCAUCGUUUGUUUGCAUAAGGUUAUUCAUAACAAUCUCUAAUGAUCUUGUAUUUUUGUGAUGUCAAUUGUAAUGUUUCCCUUUUCAUCUCUGGUUUCAUUUAUUUGAGUUUUCUUCUAUUCUUAGUGGUUUGUCUUUUCUGUCCAUCCUUAGUGAAGAACCAUCUCUUUGUUGCAUUGAGUUUUUUGUAUUUUUGGUCUCCCUUUCUUUUAUUUAUGCUCUUCAUUUUUUCUACUUCCUUGAGGUGCCAAGAUAGCUUGUUCAUCUAAGAUCUCCCUCUGUUUUCAAUUUGGGAAUUCACUGCUAUAAAUCCCACUUAGUACUAUUUUUUGUGUCCUGUAGGUUUGGUAUGUUUUAUCUCCAUUUUCAUUUGUUUCAAAAGAAUUUUUAAUUUCCUUCUGAGGCAGGAAAAGGGUUAAAGUGAACAGGCAGGAAACUCGGGCUCCUUCAAGGUCAGCUUUCUAUUCAUCAGGGCUGAGAAACUACAGACACAGCCUCAUCAAGGUCAGGCUGACUCCUGAGUAAGGGGGAAACAUUGAUAGUGAGACAUCUGCUUCUGGUACCCUGGACUCCCUUCAAAAGGCAGGGUCGGGGGGUGCAUAAUAACCUUAUUGGACCAAAGAACUUGUGAGCACUGAGUACUUACCCAGGAUUGGGUUGGGGGCUAGCUUCCUUAACCCUGGAGAUCCAUAUAAACCCCCAGACAGCAGCCACUCUGGGGGAGUCCUUCUUUUGGGAUCCCUCCACCUUUGGGUGUUCUGAUUGCUUGCUUUCUGUUACUCUAGCAAAUCCUGUUACUUUGCCCACACUGUUGUGUCUGUGGAUUUCAUUCUUCGAAUUCUCGAGACAUAGAACCCAACCCCAAUACGUAUAUAUAUACAUACAUAUGUAUGUAUGUGUGUCUACAUACAACUAAAAUACAUAUAUAUACAUAUGUAUAGUACCUUUAUUUUAUUUUUAUGUGGUGCUGAGGAUUGAACCCAGGGCCUCCUAUGUGCUAGGUGAGUGCUCUACCACUGAGCCACAACCUCAGCCUCCAAGGUACAUUCUUAUAUCAGGAGCACCACUGUUUAUUGAUCAUUCACUCUACUCUGGGGGUUCUAUAGAAACUUUGUGUGAAACUCAUAAAACAAUCUCAAGAUUGUCAUUCCGCUGACCACCAUAUUAUUAAGACUGAGUAACAAGUUGAUAGAAGUUCCUUCCCUUAUGAUCAGGUUACGUCCUGGUAAACACAUUAUCAUGUUAAAAAUGCACUUAAUACAGCUUACCUACUGAACAUCAAGCUUAGUCUGGCAUACCUUGAAUGUGCUCAGAACACUUCCAUUAGCCUCACUUGGGCAAAAUGGUUUAACAAAGCCUAAUUUCUAGUGAAGUGUGAAUAUGUCAUGAAAUUUAUUGACAAUAGUACAGCACAAAGUUUUCAGUUUUUUACCAUUUCCUGAUCACAAUGUUGACUGGGAAGAAUAUCAUACUGCAUCCUAUCUCUGUGGACUGAAAGGCUGAAGAUCCUCCCAAUAUCUCCUUGGGGGCCUGAGGCUUUUAUAGGUCUCUUCCCAAGAAGCCCACUACAGGCUCAUCCUGGGCAUCCAGUGAGCCAUUCAGGAAGGAGGUGCCAGGGCGUGGGGAUGGGGCCAAGAACAAAAGAAGUUUCCAGGCACCUGGGACUUUACAUUCUAGAGUGGGAGCUGGUGAGCCAGGGACACAAAACCAUACUAGUAAGCAAGUUGCAUGACUUCAGAGAGGUAGAUGCUGUCAUCAGGAGACUAGUAGGUGGGGCUGGGGAGGAGCAUUAGAGAGGGGUUUGGGGUGGGAACCUUAGGGACUUAGAACUGAGGGCUGAAGAAUGCAGAGGAGGUGGUCAUGGAGGGAGCGUUCCAGGAGGAGGCAACUGCCAGCGCCAAGACGGGCUGGGAAUGAAGGAGGUCAAAGUAACUGGGAAGGCAAGUUAGCAGGUCAGAGGUGGGGCAGUCACACCAGCAUGUGUGACUCGGGGUGGGGGGUAGGAUUUGAAAGUUUGAAGUGAGGGGGAGAAAAAUUUUGAGAGUGUUGUUUCUAUUAAAUGUUUACCACUUUUUCACACCAACAUAAAAAAAAAAAUUCAAAUCAUUCAAAAUCAGGACUUGUUUGUUUGUUUUUGUUUUUGGUACCAGGGAUUGAACCCAGAGGCACUCAACUACUGAGCCACAUCCCCAGCCCUAU